UUUCCUUUUGCUUUAGCCCACCGGAGAAGGGUGGGCACAGGCAAACAGCCCCAGGCAAAGCCCUACGGUAGCGUGAGGCUGAAGGAAACCAAAGACAGUGGGCCAAUUUUUUUCUGUCCCAUCCUUCACAGCACAGCCAGGCUAAAAAUAAUGCAGCUUCUCCCAAUGCUAUACGUGAAAAUAAGGAAGGCUAAAAAGACAGAGGUCCUGGAUCAUUGCCGUCAAGGACCUGCUCAGGAUGGUCCCCCCACCACCUGUCAGCAAGCCCCAUGUGUGCCUCUCCACCGUGCUCAUCAUGAGCAGCCUCAUCCUCAUGGACGCCUACCUGGUGGAGCAGAGCCAGGGCUCCAGGAAGCUGGGCAUCUGCGUCAUGGUGGCAGUGGGCGACGUGUGUUUUCUGCUGGUGCUCCGCUAUGUGGCCAUCUGGGUUGGGGCGGAGGUAAAGACAGCCAAGCGGGGCUAUGCCAUGAUCCUCUGGUUCCUGUAUGUCUUCGUUCUGGAGAUCAAAGUCUACUUUGUGUACCAGAACUAUAAAGCUGACCGGAAAAGCCUGGACCUCAUGGCCCGCAAAGCCCUGACCUUGCUGCUCUCCAUCUGCAUCCCAGCCCUCUACGUGCUGUUGGUGGCCACGGAGCACAUGGAGUACGUCAGGACGUUCAAGAAGAAAGAGGAUCUCCGCAAUCGCCUCUUCUGGGUCAUCGUGGACGUGCUGGAUGUGCUGGAUAUCCAGGCCAACCUGUGGGAGCCCCAGAAGAAGGGGUUGCCACUCUGGGCUGAGGGCAUCAUGUUCUUCUACUGCUAUAUCUUGCUCCUGGUCCUCCCCUGUGUAUCCCUCUGCGAGAUCAGCAUGCAAGGGAUUGGCAUCAUGCCACAUCGGAUGAUGUUGUACCCCAUGCUAAGCAUGCUCACUGUCAACAUCACCACCAUCUUUAUCCGAGGCAGCAACAUGGUCUUCUUCAGGGAUGCCCGGGUCUCCAGCAUCUUCAUGGGCAAGAACAUGCUGGCUAUUGGACUGAAGAUCUGCAUGUUUGUGCAGUACCAGCGACACCGGCACCAUGCAUCCCUGGGCCCGGGCCCGGGCCCAGGCCCAGCCCCACAGCAUGGCUCCCAGACCCAGCCACCGUCCCCUGGGCUGUGCAAGUCUCAGGACCAGCCGGCCUGCCCCGAUGAGCUAACCCGGGACAACACGUGACAGCCAGCAGGAGCCACAGCCUGGCCAUUGCUAUGCUUGGCCAUCAUUGCAAAUCCUGCAGUUCCCCACGAUGAGGGGGAAAUAUCCCUGCUCCUGUCCCCAAGGGGAGCAUGGGGGUGGGGAGGCAGCCUCCAUGAGGCUGCAGAGCAGUUUGGGACCUCAGCACCCCACCUGGCGAGGUGGGUAUCAGAUGGCAUGAGGUGGCCGGGUUUGUCUGCAGUGUGCCGUAUCUCCCCAGGGCCUGCUGGGACCGUGCAGCCAUCUGCUACGGGGGACGGACAUGCCCCUCACACACACCCUGGUCCUUGCUCCCAGCACAGCACUGCCCUUCAGUGAGCUGGGGCACAGGCCAGGUGAAGGCGCGUAGGGACGCUGGGGAUCGCCUGCUCUGCCUGCGUUGUUUGCCCCAGCUCCGGGUUGGCUCGCUGCUUCACUGCAGCCUGCCCCUGCUGCAAGAGCUGGGGUCCCCAGAGCAGCAGGAGCAAGGCCUGACCCCCACACCCUGGCCAUCUCUUCCAGACAGCCCCAGGCCGGGGGGAGGGGGGCCUCAGGGAGGGUCAGCAUCCUUUUUUGUAUUUCCUUCUUUGCAAUAA